AGUUAUUUUCCUCCGACUCUCCAUCUCCUCCCUCACGGCGAGCUUUCUAGACUCUCCAUCUCCGGCGAACUCGCUCCUCUCAUUUUCUCCGGCUAAUUUACUUAUAGAUCUGAGGAAGUAUGGGACGCAAAGCUGGCACCUUGUAUAUUAACCCAAGGAACUUUGGAAGUCUUCAGAAACCUUGUGCGAAAGAAAUGGUCUCGUUUCUUAAUUGUUUGACUUUAAAUCACAACAAGGAUGAGAAAUGUGGCAGGCAAAAGUCACUUUUGAGUACCUGCAUGGAAGCUCAGAGUGGCAAAAACAGAAAGCCCUGGGGUAGCAUCAAUUAUCAUCUGCAGAGGCUUAGCAGGGGAAGAAAGUAACUUGAAUCGAGAGUGUCGUUGCAGAUGGGCAUGCUUUGAAAUUAGAUACAGAGGUGGUUGGUUUCUCCAAGUUCUUGAUGAACGUCAUUUUUCUGAGAUGGUCUGUAAUACUUGAUCAAAUAUAGCACGAAUUCAGACUCAAAAGGCAGUUGCGCGAUGCUAUUGUUUUUUGUCCUUGUGGACCUGAUCAAUUGUUUCUUUUCGUCUUAUUGAAGUGCAGAAACUUGUGCUAAGCAGAAAUGGAAUUGCUUUUUUUGGCUUACUAUCAUUUGUUUUACAACUCAAAAAUGGGUCAUUUCAGAUUAGAAAUGUACACCUCCCUCCGUCUAUAGACUA